CUUCUCUCUACGUUUGUGAUCACAGAGCAGUAUUCGAGACAGCAUAGUAUUAUCAUAAUGACAAAUAGGCAACCAGUAUCCGCCUCGAUGAAAGCUCUAAGGCUAGUUGAGUUCAACAAGAAUUAUCAGCUCCGAGACGAUGUCCCUGUGCCAUCGCCUGGACCGGGUGAAUUGCUAGUGCGAGUUGCGGCUGCAUCAUUCUGCCACACCGACUAUCAAGUCUAUCAGGGCACUUAUGGCACCCAGCUCCCAUUCACAGGGUCGCAUGAGGCGGCAGGCACUGUAGCAGCUCUUGGUCCAGACGUCGAUGGUAGCAUCUGGCAUGUUGGUGAUCGCGUAGGCGUGCUAAACUUUCGCAAGCCAUGUGGCACGUGUGGGGGUUGUAGAUGGCGCAAACAAGCAUACGACUCUCUAGAUGCCCGUUAUUGCGCAAACAAAACCAUGAAUGGCAUCUCACGUUCCGAUGGAGGCUUUGCUGAGUACAUGUUGGCGUCGCAGGAGGCUUUGGUACACCUCCCCGAUGGUCUCUCGUUCGAGCAGGCAGCUCCUCUUACGUGUGCGGGAGCAACUGUUUGGAAUGCCAUUGAGCAGGCUGGGCUGACCGAGGGCCAAGCUUUGGGUAUCGUGGGCAUUGGUGGUCUCGGUGUGUUGGGUAUUCAGAUGGCUAAGGCGCGCGGUCUCCGCGUUGUGGCUCUCGACAAACACGACGCAGGGUUGAAUCUAGCCACCCAAGUUCCAGAGCAUUUGAGACCUGAUCUCGUUGUCAACAUCUCAGACGAGUCUUCAAAGGACAAAAUCGCCGAGUUUACCGACGGCAUUGGGCUGGCAGGCGCAGUGACAUGCACCGACGACGUUGGUGCAACUGACUGGAUCUUGCAUCGUCUUCAGCCGCAAGGUGUCUGUGUCGUGCUUGGGCUUCCUGACGAUGGGUUCAAAUUCAACGCCUUUAAUCUAGUUUUCCGCGAAAUUGUAGUCAAGGGAUCUCUGCACUGCAGUGUCGACGAUGUCAAGGCUAUGGUGGAUGCUGUGGCCAAGCACGGAAUCACUAGCCAUCUCACAAUUAUCCAGCUACACGAGGGUGAGGAUAUUCCUCAAAGAGCUCACGAUAGAUCCUUUACAGGUCGACUUGUGGUCAGGAUCUAA